UUGGUUUUUGCUCCCUCUUUACUUGAAUUUUGAAGAAACCCAUAUACUGAAUGAAUAUAUGGUAGGAUUACCUUCUCUAUUUCUCUCUCACCUUUCCUUCUCAUCUCAUCUCAGAAUCCCUAAUGGCUCCUAUGAUGAGAACCUCUCUCUUCAUCAUUGUUUCAAUUGUGUUUACUUUUGCUUCUGCUUGUUCAAAUGGAGAAUGCAGGCUCCUCGAUGAUUGCUCCUCUGACAGAGAUUGCAUGUCUGGCUUGUACUGCUUCUCCUGUCCUCGGGGAUUUUCUGGUUCUAGAUGCGUUAGAUCAACCAUUACAGACCAAUUCAAGCUAUUGAAUAAUUCUUUACCUUUCAAUAAAUAUGCAUUCUUGACAACCCAUAAUGCUUACGCCAUUGAUGGAGAACCAUCUCAUACUGGGCUUCCUCGACUUACCUUCACAAAUCAAGAAGAUAGUAUCACUCAACAACUAAAUAAUGGAGUUAGAGCCUUAAUGUUGGAUACAUAUGAUUUUGAAGGAGAUGUAUGGUUGUGUCAUUCCUUUGGAGGACGGUGCUAUAACUUAACUGCAUUUGGACCAGCUCUAGAUACCCUGAGAGAAAUAGAAGCCUUCUUGGCUGCAAACCCAUCAGAGAUUAUCACAUUAAUCUUAGAAGACUAUGUUGAGGCUCCAAAUGGAUUGACAAAAGUCUUCACUGAUGCUGGUUUGAUGAAGUACUGGUUUCCAUUGUCAAAAAUGCCUCAGAAUGGCCGAGAUUGGCCUCUAGUUAGAGACAUGGUCGCUAAUAAUCAGAGGCUUAUUGUCUUUACAUCAAUGAAGUCCAAGCAAGAAACUGAAGGAAUAGCAUAUCAAUGGAAUUACAUGGUAGAAAAUCAAUAUGGAAAAGGUGGAAUGCAUUCAGGAAGUUGCCCCAAUCGUGGCGAAUCGUCUCCACUUGGUGACAAGACCAGAUCUCUGGUUUUGGUGAAUUACUUUGAAUCAGUUCCAAUCAAGCAAACUGCAUGUAAGCACAAUUCUGGAGAUCUCAUCAACAUGCUUCGUACAUGUUAUAGUGCAGCCGGCAACCGAUGGGCUAAUUUUGUUGCUGUUGAUUAUUACAAGAGGAGUGAUGGGGGUGGAGCAUUUCAGGCCAUAGAUACCCUCAACGGGGAGCUACUGUGUGGGCGUGAUGAUAUACAUGAAUGUGUGCCUGGAUCUACUUCAGCAGCGUUCGCUACUCCGUCUCUAUGAGGAUUGGAUGGAACUCAUCAUAGGCAUGUUUACCAGUUCAAACUUCAAAGAAAUAA